AGUUGGGGCGUGCAGAGGGGUUUAGGGCUUUGAUCUCACAAAAUUCAUUUACUAAAUCUAAAAAGAAAUGUCUUUUCGGCAAGCAGUUCGCAAAUUGUGCAAGGAGCUUGCUAAUCCUGCUUCACUACAGACUAAACCCUUCAAUUCUCUUCCAAAUGCAGGAAAGCUAAUUGAACUUGGAGGUCAUACACGGACUAAGUCCCGAUUGGAGAUGCUUCAAUGGAUUUUUCUGUCUGGACAAGCUGCAUUUAUUGUUGGGGCAUGUUCAUCAACUUCAAUGGCUGAAGAUGUAUCAACUGCAUCAAGCUCUAAAAAUGCUACGAGUACGGAUGACUUUAGUGGUUUGCUUAAAGUAGAGGAUGAAUCAGUGAAAUCGAAUGAGCAUACAUCUAAAUGGAGAGUUUUUACUGAUAAUGGAAGGGAGUACUUUUUGAAGGGAAAUAUUCCUCAAGCUGAAAGAUUCUUUUUGUCUGCAUUACAAGAAGCUAAACAAGGUUUUGGCGAAAGGGAUCCUCAUGUUGCAUCUGCAUGCAACAACCUGGCCGAGCUGUACAGAGUCAGCAAGGACUUCGACAAGGCAGAACCCUUGUAUGUGGAGGCCGUUAAUAUACUAGAGGAAUAUUUUGGAGUAAAUGACGUAAGAGUUGGUGCUGCCCUUCAUAAUCUUGGCCAUUUCUACCUUGGACAGAGAAAAUUGGAGAAAGCUCGUGUAUGCUAUGAGCGUGCAUUGAAGAUAAAGCGGCGAGUUUUGGGAGAAGCUCACACAGAAUAUGCUGAUACGAUGUACCAUUUGGGGACUGUUUUAUAUCUGCAAGGGAAAGAGAAGGAUGCUGAGUACCUAAUUCUCGACUCUAUAGAUAUCAUGGAGGCAGGUGGCCACGGAGAAUCUAUAUCAUGUGUCAGAAGAAUGCAGCAUCUGGCUCAGAUAUACAACAAGUCCAACCGAUUUCCUGAAGCUGAGAAUAUAUUGAGAAAGAUUCUUCAUAUGAUGGAAUUAUCAAAGGGUUGGAAAUCUUUGGAUACUGUUGUUAUAGCUGAACGGCUUGCAUUAACCCUUGAAGCAGCAGGGAAAUUAAAAGAAGCAGUAGAACUGUUAGAGAGAUGUCUUGAUGCCAGGAAAAACUUGCGUCAUCACGAACAUAUUCAGACUGCCGCUGACAUGCUCCACAUUGCAAGAAUGAAAAUUCUCAUAACCAAGGAGCUACCAGAGGCCAACAAUUCUCAAGCUAUGGCUGAGCUUGAUAAAUCCAGAAGUCUAUUGAACGAUUCAGUAAGGAUAGCUCGAAAACUCAUUGAUCGAUUUCUGGAACAGAAAGAAAAGACAGAACGCUUUGGAGGAUCCCAAAGAACUAGAAAAGAUGGUCAUUCAGCGGUUGUAAUACUACUACAAUCGCUCAAUGCUCUUGGUGCUUUGGAGAUCAUGGAGCAGGGCUUUCUCAGCUCACAGACACAGGAGCACAUUAAGGCCGAGGCUAAUGCUUCUCUCCGUCAAUGCAUUUCCACAUUUCAGGAGUUGAGAUCCGAACAAUCAAUCUCUGAUUCUCUAGAAACCAAAGCAGAGUAUCUCUCGUGUUUACGGAGCCUCUAUCUCUCGAUUAGGAAAGGUGCUGCAAGGCAAGCGGGCGAAGAAAAAGAAAUACAAGAAGAAAUUAGACAGGUCGAAGAUGAGAUAUCUAAUGCUAGAAAAACUUGAAUUUUUACAAUAAUACAUUGCCGAACAUGAUUCAUAAAUUACACCAUCAAUGGUUAUUUUGAUAUAGUUGAGCAAAGGUUUUUUUUAAUAAAACCUCAAUUGCUUUGGAAAAUAGAAUAAGCCGUGUUUCCUUUUAUUUUCUAGUUUUAUUUUAUAAUUCAAUGACAUUGCGUUGGUGCAAAAUUAUGUAUUACAUUGAUAAAUUUUUUAUUAAGAUUUCUUAUAAAAUCGACCUUUAUAGAAUGGAAAUAGAA